AAUUGAGCUGACCAAUGGCCCAUCUCCAGAAGUUUGGCACAGCAUGCAAUAUUGAAUCUAAGGUUUCUUAUCUCCCAAGAUGCAGCCUGGCUGGUGUGUUAGUUCUGCCUCUUUAGCCGAAAAGCAUGGCCGUUUGUCAUGCCGUUAGACAGACAAACUGGGCCUCCACCCGAGGGGAAAGAACUCUGACAUGCCGAUUUAAUUUCAGUGGCGAUUUCCGUCUCCCCCAGAAUGUCUCAGCCAGGCUUAGUGCAGCCAUGGAAUGGGGUGAAAUGACAUGUUUCCUCCUUAGGCCACCUCUGGCAUGUGUCCAGCUGUGCGUUAAGCAUGGUGAAUCCCCCACAAGGGGGCCUAAAGGGAUAUAAAACUCAACAAGGAGCUCCUGGUUUCCUCACAUUGCUCAAGGACAGAAGAUCUUCAAGAACUCUCCAAGUCUGGAAGAAGUAGCAGUCAAGAUUCCACUAUGGCAGGAUUGCUUAAUAUCAACAUUUCUCUUAAAAAUAUAUCACUGGAGGAACAUGAACUGCUUCCUACUUGCCAGAAAAGCUCUCCAAUCCGACACCAGAAUAUUCUAAUCCCAACCAUCUACAGCAUCAUCUUUGUCCUGGGCAUUAUUGGAAAUGGUCUAGUGGUGUUUGUCCUUUGUCACACCUCUAGCCGUAAGACAGUGGCCAACACGUACAUUCUCAACCUUGCACUGUCUGACCUGCUCUUCCUCCUGAGCCUUCCCUUUUGGGCAGUAUAUUACUCAUUUGAUUAUGACUGGAUCUUUGGCCAACUAAUGUGCAAGCUGUGUGGCGGGCUGUUGACCCUGAAUUUGUAUGCCAGCAUCUUUUUCAUCACCUGCAUGAGCAUGGAUCGUUACAUGGCCAUCGUCCACCCUCUCAAGUCCCAGAGGUACAGGAACCUAUGCAGAGCCCGGCUGGUAAGCUUGCUGGUGUGGACAGCUGCAGGUCUCAGCACCGCCCCCACCCUGGUGUACCGUGACACUUUCCACACUGGCCAUGUCACAGCCUGUGUGAUCCAUUUCCACAGCCACAGCUUAUUUGUGGGGCUGGCUUUGAUGAAGAACAUCCUAGGCUUCCUGCUGCCCUUCACCAUCAUCACCAGCUGCUACUGUGGCAUCAUCCGGCACCUUCUUGCAGCUCCAGGGCCGGACAAGAGCACCAGCAACCUGGACAAGGUCCUCAAGAUGGUGGGCGCUGUGGUGUUGGCAUUCUUCCUUUGCUGGUUCCCCUUCCACAUGCUUACCUUCUUGGAUGUGCUGGUUAGCCUCAAGGUGGUGGAGGCCUGUGGCGUGGGUCAGAGUGUCAGCCUGGUGCUGCCCUUCACCAUCUGCCUGGGCUUCUCCAACAGUGCCGUCAACCCCUUCCUCUACUGCUUUGUGGGCAACCACUUCCAGGAGCAGCUCGGAGGCUUGGCACAGACACACGUCUCUGGCUUGUUUCAAAAGAGAGGCUCCUUUAGCACCCGGCUCAGCUCCUUCUCCAGGAAGCUGAGUGACCUCAAAGAUCUGGCAACUCCAGAGAACGGUACAGUGUGAUGGCAUAUCUUGGAUUUUAAAGUGGAGUGUCAUAAGUCCACUAAUUGGCAGAUCUUUCAAAUGGAUUCUCUCUAUGCAGCUUGGCCUUUAUGACCAGCAUUACAUCAAUUAAACACUUGUAUAUCUGAUCAAAUUUAGCAUGGUAGACCAGCAGUGACAAAGAGCACUUACUAUAGAAAUAUUGAGCUAUUGAGCAUUAUUGACUAUUGAGAUUGGUCAUGCUUUUACUCCUAAUUGGUAUGGACUAAAUUAGUACAUUUCUUAGAUUUUUAAACUCAGUAUGUGAUUACAAUAACUAAGGAGAUCAAACCAUAUCAGAUUUUUUUAAUAUACAAAAUAUGCAAAUAUGUUGUAUAGUCUGUAAUGUGGUAUGACAUAAAGCUAUGUUACUAUUGUACUGUAUAGUCCAAAAAUGUACUGAAAUAAAUGUAUUUUUUUUCAUUUUU